AUGGGACCGGAGAUACGCCAGCUGUUGAUGCGCUUAUCCGAGUGCACGUUGGACAAGUAUACCUGGGACAAGGAAACGCCGCCUUUCCAUAGUUCAUACGACAACUGGCACUUCUUCGGCUUCCGUACUCCGUCCUCAAAGGACACGGCGUCUACAGCGUCUGCUACCAGCGGGUCUCAGAAAAGUGCCCCUUCUCCCAACCCUGAUACUAGACCGCUUCCUGAAUUGCGUAGAGCAUCGGACAGCACUAGCAGUAUACACACCUCUACAACAGGAGAGUCUCAGACUGUGCAAGUAGUAGCAAGACUGUCGAGCCAUGUGCUUCGGAUCGAACGAGAAUUUCAACUCUGUAAGCGGAUUGUUAGCCGGAGCGAUCCACAAUGCGAGCACUUCGUCCGCCCAGUCGAGCUGGUGCGCCUUCCGGCGCGGUAUGGGGGUGACGCUUUGGUCGCCGCAAUAUUCGAAGCUCCAGGCGAAAACUACCUGCGGGAACUGGUAGAAUUUGGGCCCAAUUUCUACAGGGGCGCAUCGAAUGAGCUCAGUGGGAGCCCGAUCUCAUAUGGCAUGAGAAAGCCCGAUCAGACUCCUCUGGUGCCCUUUUUGGCAUUUGCAAUAGGUGCGGCUCGAUGCCUUGAGAUUAUCCAUCACGAACUGGGCAUUGUCCACGGAGAGCUGCGUGGUGAUGCUUUCCAUUUCAACCAGCAGACUGGCUCUGUAAGGAUGCUUAACUUUGGUUCCGGCGCUCGCUCCUUUGAGAACGGCUUGACGUCUGCGGGAUGGGCUGUGUUAUCGCGGGAGGUUGGAGUGGAGCAUAAACUUCAGUUCAUUGCGCCGGAGCAGACAGGCCGCCUGCCGGCUGAACCCGAUAGUCGGACAGAUAUCUACAGUCUGGGGGUUCUUUUCUGGACCAUGCUUACGGGUGAGCCUGCUUUUGAAGGCCGAACGCCACUGGAGAUUAUGCAGAGUGUUCUUUCUCGCCGCAUUCCGCCUGCCUCGUCGAAGCGAAUGGACAUACCGGAGAUACUCUCUCUGGUCCUUCAAAAAAUGACACAGAAGAAUAUCGACGACAGAUACAAUUCUACGUCGGCGCUCAGGUACGACUUGCAGCAGAUCCAGAAGUUUUUGAUGGACGGCGAUGCAGAGGGGCUCAAAUCAUUUUGCAUUGGGACAAAAGAUGUAUCCUGCUUCUUCAAUCUUCCUUCCCAUCAGAUUGGGCGCGCGAGGGAAAGGCAAACCAUCAUCGACGCGAUAGAUAGGGUAAGCCAAGUGCAAUCCACCAGUCUCCCACAGCAUCUUCACACUCUCAGCUCCUCCUCCUCCGUUUCCGAUCCGCGUUACGACAACAACCAAAUGGACGAAGUUCUGUCAGACACCACAAGCUCGAAGGGCUCGCAAAGCAGACUCAACAGUGGCUUAUCCGCAGCACCGCCUCCUAAACCGAAUAAGACUCCGCAGGACUCGCAGGAGAGCGUGCUUAAAUCGGAGUCCUCUGGCGACGGUACCGCAGUAAGGCCUCCACCAGCGCCUCAUUUCUCAGUUGAUAGUCGAGUAUCGCAUCCAAGCUUUGACAGCAGCACGCAGCGAUCUACGCCUGCCAAUACGUCUUCGGACGGCCAAGCCCCACUACUAAGGAAUGUCAAGAAGCUCAAACGAAAGGCCAGGACUGAGUUCAUCAGUAUAUCAGGCGCCGCUGGCUUUGGAAAAUCCUGUUUGAUACAAAGCAUUCAGCCUGCAGCGCGGAGUCAUGGGUAUUUUGCCUGGGCGAAAUUUGACCAGGCUAAGAGAGUACCCUUUGAUCCGUUACUCCGAGUGAUAUCCUCUUUGUUCCGCCAAAUAUUCUCAGAGAGCGACGUUUCCACGCAAUUCCACAACAAUAUCAGAGUUUACGUUGGCCCUGUAUGGGGGAUGCUACACUCUUACCUGGACCUGCCUGAAUGGCUUCUUUCCAACUCCGGUGUCUCACCAAACAACCAACCGCAGCGGAGUGCCCGAGCUGGUGCUUCGUCCUCUCAAGCCAUGCAUUGCGGCAACGCAACCAACACCGCCGCAGAGUGGCUCCGGUCAGGGGGCUCCACUAAGACUUCCCGACUUGUUAAUAUCUAUCUCGAUGUUCUGCGGCUGUUAGCUGUUCAGAAAUUCAUUUGCUUUUGUAUAGACGACAUGCAGUUCGCUGACGAGGAGAGCGUGGAGCUGAUUCAGAGCAUUGCAUCUGGAAAGAUCCCAAUGGUCUUCAUAGUCACCUACCGUCAGGAAGAGGCCUUGCCGAAGAAGGUGCGGUCCCUCGUAAGCUCUGCCACUCACAUCCAACUGGCCCCAUUCUCCGAGGAAGAGACCGCUGAAUAUGUCUCGGCAACCUUACACAGAGAAAAAGAAUAUGCCUUGCCGCUCGUGGCGGUCAUCCAGGAGAAGACGAACGGUAACCCAUUCUUUGUGCGGGAAAUUCUCGAUGUCUGUCAUAGGAAAAAGUGCUUGUUCUAUAAUUGGAAAGAUUCGUUGUGGGAGUACAAUCUCGACCGCGUUUUUACUGAGCUUGAAUCACAGUCAUAUGGCUCUCAGCUCAACAACGAUUUUAUCGCAAAAAAGCUACUGGAACUUCCUGCGGCGACCAGGUCGCUGCUCGCAUGGGCAUCGCUUAUGGGCAACUCGUUCUCAUUCAGCCUUGUAAAAAGACUUAUGAGCGGGAACAACGCCGUGUCCGACUCGUUCAACCUUCCCCGGCUGAGAUCUCAGGCCAUUGUUGACGCCCUUCAAGGCGCACUGUCAUCCUACGUGCUGAUGACUGGCGAGGAUGAAGACCAUUUUAGGUUUUCCCAUGAUCGCUACCUACAAGCUGCUUUGACACUUACAGAGCACUAUGACAGAGACGAAAUGCACUUUGUAAUAGCUAAGAUGAUGGUAGACUAUGACUCGAAAAGCUCCAAGCUUCUCAAUUCAAGUUCUCUAUAUUUGAGAAGCCGACAUAUCUGCUUGGCUGUCAAUCUCAUCAAAUCCAGGGUUUCCAAUAGGGUUCAGUAUCGCGAUAUCCUCUAUCGAGCUGCUGAGAACGCUUGUGAAUCUGGAGCACGCCCCACUGGUCUCAAGUAUUACACAAACUGUUUGAAACUGCUUCAGAAAAACCCUUGGGACGACACACUGCCAGAUGUCUAUUACGAGGAGACGUUGAGACUCUAUACGCGUACAGCUGAGUGCCAUUGGCACGAGGGUCAUUUCGAGCCAGCUCUGGGCCUCAUACAGAACACUUUCACCAACGCCAAGGAUGCUGUCGACCGGGCCCCUAGCUUUAUCCUGAAAGCGCGAGUGUAUGCAGUCAAAGGUGACAACUCUGCAGCUUUUCAGGCUCUGAAGCACUGCCUAGAGGAGUUGGAUUUCGAUAUUCCGGAUACAACCUGGGAGUCGUCCGACUCUGAGUAUCAUAGGAUCUGCGCUCUUUUGAAAGACGCCGACACGGAUACACUGCUCUCAAGACCGCCGUCCACAGACCGUGUACUGCUCACUACGAGUUCGAUUCUGGCGGAGCUAAUAAGCGCAACCUUUUGGACUAGUUCCCUGCUCUUCUACCAGUUGACUUUGCUUAUGGUUGAAAUGCACCUCACGAGGGGGACCGUGCCGCAAAUGGGACUAGGCUAUAUUAACCUAGCCUCAAUUAUGGUCGCACGAUUUGACCAGACUGAUCUUGGGACACGGACCGCUACUAUAGGCAAAAGCCUCUUGGAUCAAUUUGUCGAUUCGCAUACGGUUGGACGCGGUGAAACUCUUCACGCUCUGUUUAUUGGUCAUCUCGAAACCCACCUGAAUGACCAGUUUCCAACAUUGGAACAUGCUCUGGACGCGACCAUAACGGCUGGCGAUCGCAUACUGUCGUUACUGAACCUUGGGAUCGUAUCAGCAUUUAAGUUGUGGUCAUGCAUGGAUCUCGCCGAAGUAGAGACUUUCGCUAAUGAAGCGCCAUCUGAGUACCCUUGUUGGGACCAGGACCUGCGCGGUGGUGUAAUGCUCGUGUCUGUACGGCAGUCUGCGCGUGCGUUGCAGGGUAAGCUGUCCCGUCACAGCGAGAGAGCGCUCAAAACCGGCGAUGUCUUGUCUGAUGCCGAGCAUGAUUCCGCACGGUAUCUUGAGUUUAUGGACACAAAUUCUCCCAAUCCCCAGCGACCCCAGACUUUCUAUCUAAGCUGCUUGCUGCCCGUCCUCUUCGUGUAUGGCUUCAUCGCUGAGGCCAUUGAUGUGGGAGAGAAGCUUUUACCCAUGUCCGAAGGCUUGUGGAGCAUGCGAACCUCAUAUUCAAAUCUCUUCUAUCUGUCAUUGUCCUACUUGGAAAUCCUACGGCGGGAGCCUACUCGUCCAAACAAGGAUGAACUACUUCAACAAGUCGGUUCGUACAUCGACAAGAUACGCUCCUGCGCAAGCGUCAACGACGUUAACUACCGGCAUUGGCUAUGCACUCUUGAUGCGGAGCUUGCCAAUUGCAGGGGAGAAGGCGUUAAGGCGACUUCGAUGUAUGAGGCGGCUCUGGAUCACGCCGAGUCAAAUGGCUUCACCCUCGACGAAGCCCUUAUCUACGAGCUCUACGCAGGAUACUCCAUCACCUUUGGGGCACGCAGGCCAGCUCGCCGGUUAGCCGCGGACUCCAUAGCGGCUUACAGGCGAGUAGGCGCCUAUGGCAAAGCCCAGCAGAUCACCGAGAAAUAUGAAUGGCUACUGAAAGGAGACGCUUACAUGAGAACCAUAGACGCGGGAUGUCAGACUGACAUUAUCGAUACCGGAAACAGUCUGUUCAAGCUCGAGCAAAACCAAGAUCAGACAGUAGAGAAGCUCGGCGCCGAAUCAUCAGUGGACCGAACAAACGCCUGGCUUGCGCCGGGGAUGCCUGGCCGAACCGAAGGUACGGCACAGCAUGGUGAUCUGGGUAGCGGCUUCGCAGCAGUGGGACUAGACAUGAUCGACCUUGCCAGCAUCCUCGAGUCAAGCCAAGUACUGUCUUCAGAGCUACAGGUUGAUCGGCUCCUUGCGAAGAUGACAGAGAUCAUCAUAGAGUCCACCAGUGCAGAGUUAGGGUUGAUCGCCGUCAAGGACGAUUCAAUCGGUUGGGGCAUUGCUGCAGUCGGCAACCCUGACGGUGUCACUGCUUACUCCGGUGGACAAUCAUUGGACACUGUCGACGAUCAGGUUGGCAACAAGCAGGUUAUAAACUAUGUGCUUCGCUUCAAAGAGACUGUAUUCGUGCAGAACCUGCUCCACGAUGAGAGAUUUUCUAACGUGCCAGAGUCACAUCGAAGACGCAACCCGGAGGGGAAGGCAGUGAUGUGUCUUCCGAUCAUUCAUGGCUCAGAAGCUCUGCUCGGCUGUAUCUAUCUCGAGGGGCCUCCGAAUACCUUUACGGAACGCAACAUUACCGUGCUUCGUCUGCUCGUUAAUCAGAUAGCUAUCUCUCUGGCCAACGCUCUGCUUUUCAAGGACCUUGGACGGGCCAGCGCCAACAAUGCCGCAAUGCUGGAGAUGCAGAAAGAGGCCCUGGCCAAUGCAAGAAAGGCGGAGAGCAUAGCAGUUAGGAACAUGAAGCUUAAGGAGGAAGCCUCGAAAGCCAAGUCGUUGUUCCUCGCCAACGUGUCGCACGAACUGCGGACUCCCUUGAACGGUGUCAUUGGCAUGAGUGAACUUCUCAAGGGUACUAGCCUCGAUUCGGAGCAGAUAGGCUUUGCCGACAGCAUUCGUGUCUGUGCCGAUACGCUCCUGUCAAUCAUCAACGAUCUUCUUGACUUCACCAAGUUAGAAGCGGGCAAGAUGAAGAUGUAUUCGGUGCCACUGAACCUUACCGGCACUAUCAAAGAGGUCGUCCGGGCGCUGUCUUACACCAAUCUCGAGAAGGGGUUAAGGACAGUUGAGCAGCUCGAAAUCGACCCCAAUCUUUACGUGUUAGGCGAUCCAGUGCGAAUGCAUCAGAUCCUUAUGAAUCUCCUUUCGAACAGCUACAAGUUCACUGCUCGCGGUCAGGUCACUGUCAUGGCCAAGGUCGACCGAGAAGACAGAGCCACCAUCGACAUCACGUGCGCGGUAUCUGACACGGGCAUUGGUAUCCCAGAAGAGGCGAGGGUAAAGCUGUUUCAGCCCUUCAGUCAAGUUGAGAACGGAGCAUCACGAAGUUAUGGAGGCACGGGCCUUGGCUUGAGCAUCUGCAAAGCCAUCAUCGAGAACGUGAUGGGCGGGAAGAUUUGGCUUGAAAGCACACCAGGAGUUGGCACCACAGUGUCUUUCUCGUUGAGGUUCAAGAAAGCCACGAAAUCGGACGCUGCGCCCCCAAUGGACCACCCUCUGUCAUCGGAGCUCAGCCCCGUCAACACGCCAUCAGAAACAUCGAUCAUUGACCUCUCCAAGGUACCGCGGGACAAACUCCGAGUGGCAGUUGCGGAAGACAAUCCCAUCAACCAAAAGAUCGCCGUCUCUUUUGUGCAGAAGCUCGGCUUUAAGUGCGAGGCCUUCGGUGACGGGCAGCAAGCUGUUGAUGCCUUGGAAAGAGCGAGCGCCGAAGGCAACCCUUAUCACCUCGUGUUGAUGGACGUUCAAAUGCCUGUUCUAGACGGCUACGAUGCAACUCGCGGAAUCAGGAGACACAAAGAUCCCACUGUUCGCAGCGUCUUAAUCAUAGCGAUGACUGCAUCUGCGAUUCGAGGAGACCGAGAGAAGUGCUUAGAAGCGGGCAUGAACAACUAUCUGGCAAAGCCCGUCCGGUAA